AAAGUACACCAGUCCAGCUCCACGGCUGAGUGUGGUCCACAGAGCAGCGGGGCCGAGGAGACAUGAGCGGUCACGGACGGUGUCUGAGCCUCUAGCGCCCGCAGCAGCAGGACCCGGGUGACGACCCCCCCUCGAACCUGAACAUGCGUCCACCCAGCCGAGCUGCAGGGGCUCAGUCGGACUGACACUCAGCCAUUGCGUCGCAUCCCUAUCCGUUUCCUCCUCCUCGACACUGACGUCCAUCCGCUGCAGAAGGCAGGAGGGGAAAAAAGAGGAAAAACUUUCGACUGCUCAGUUUUUUUUGUUGUUUUUUUUUCCUGCACGGGGGAAGCGCUCUGCCUCUGGCUCCACCGGUAAGCAUUGGAUCCGUCAACGUACUGCGACUCCCCGGUGUACGGCCCGGACCUCUGCCCCAACAUGAUCGCGACGCAGGCGAAGCUGGUCUACCAGCUCAACAAGUACCACAACGAGCGGUGCCAGGCGCGCAAGGCGGCCAUCGCCAAGACCAUCCGGGAGGUCUGCAAAGUGGUGUCGGACGUGCUGAAGGAGGUGGAGGUGCAGGAGCCGCGCUUCAUCAGCUCGCUGAGCGAGAUCGACGCGCGCUACGAGGGGAUGGAGGUCAUCUCGCCCAACGAGUUCGAGGUGGUGCUCUACCUCAACCAGAUGGGGGUGUUCAACUUCGUGGACGACGGCUCGCUGCCCGGCUGCGCGGUGCUGAAGCUGAGCGACGGCCGCAAGCGGAGCAUGUCGCUGUGGGUCGAGUUCAUCACCGCCUCGGGGUACCUGUCGGCCCGGAAGAUCCGCUCGCGCUUCCAGACGCUGGUGGCGCAGGCGGUGGACAAGUGCAGCUACCGCGACGUGGUGAAGAUGGUGGCGGACACCAGCGAGGUGCGCCUGCGGAUCCGGGAGCGGUACGUGGUGCAGAUCACGCCCGCGUUCAAGUGCACGGGCAUUUGGCCGCGCAGCGCGGCCCAGUGGCCCAUGCCGCACAUCCCCUGGCCGGGGCCCAACCGCGUGGCGGAGGUGAAGGCCGAGGGCUUCAACCUGCUCUCCAAGGAGUGCUACUCGCUGACGGGCAAGCAGAGCUCGGCGGAGAGCGACGCGUGGGUGCUGCAGUUCAGCGAGGCCGAGAACCGGCUGCUGAUGGCCGGCUGCAGGAAGAAGUGCCUGUCCGUGCUCAAGACGCUGCGCGACCGCCACCUGGAGCUGCCGGGCCAGCCGCUGCACAACUACCACAUGAAGACCCUGCUGCUGUACGAGUGCGAGAAGCACCCGCGGGAGACCGACUGGGACGAGUCGUGCCUCGGGGACCGACUCAACGGCAUCCUGCUGCAGCUCAUAUCCUGCCUGCAGUGCCGCAGAUGUCCCCACUACUUCUUGCCGAACUUGGACCUGUUUCAGGGGAAGCCCCACUCGGCCCUGGAGGCUGCCGCCAAGCAGACGUGGAGACUAGCGAGAGAGAUCCUCACCAACGCCAAAAGUUUGGACAAGUUAUAGAGCAGACUGCGUCGAGGCGCGACCCGGAGAGACUUGUGGUGGGGGGGGGGGGGGGGGGGGGGGGGGGUCAAACAAAAACAAAAAGGCAAAAAAACAACAACAACUUCGGAGAAGAUGAUUCUCCCAAACUGAUUCUCCAAGCAAUGUGAACGAACAUCAAUCCAGUAAGAAUAUAAUGCAGAGAGCAAAGAACAAAAUCGACCCCCCCCCCCCCCCCCUUUUUUUUAAAUAUAAAAAAGUAGAGAAAUGGAGCAAUUGGGCCAGAGAGAGGAAGUGAAGGUACAUUUUCGGAUAAAUGUAAUAACCCCCUUAGUAUGUCUUCUUGAAAUGCUUUCACAAAGUGAAGGGACUUUUAUUUAAAUAUAUGCACAGAAAUCGUCGAGUGAAAGAAUAAAAUGUAGCGUGCCAAGUUCCACUUUUUUCAUUAUGUGACUUUAAAGAGAAGAAGAAAAAGAAGAGAGAGAGAGAGAAAAAAAAACGGAAUGUUAAUAAAAAAAUGUUGCAAAUUAA